AUGGCAGCUCUACAUGCUUUCUUGUCCGCGACCACUAUAACACAGAACGAUUUUCUGUUUGUGCAUAAUUACGUGAAAAACUCUGGUAACGGAGCCUUGAAGAGGUUCUGGUCAGUAUUUCUUCCUUCUGUGGCAGACCUAGUGUUUGAUCUAGACCCUGAAUAUUGGGCCACGAACAAUGUCAUCUUCAGUUCAGAAGACGACCAGUCUACCUCCAUGCAUCUCCUCAGCAUGGCUGACGACACCGGUCUACCAUCCUUCGCAGGUAUUAGGCUCUCUACAGCUGGGAAAAGAGCUUCGGUGUACAUAGUAGCUGAAGGUGUGGCGUCGAAUAUGUACAAACGCAUGCAUAAUUUCGAUGAAACAGAGAUGAGUGUCGAGAAAUUAAUCGACCUACUGAAAAGCUUGAAGAUCUGGGCUCUGAAGACUACCGAGGAUGUGAGUAAUCUAAUUCUAAAAUGA